AUGGCCAAGAUUUACAUUGAAGAUUAUUUUGUUGGAAACAAGUUAACCACAGAUUAUUUCCUAGAGGACCCGGCCUCUUCCACCCCAUCUAAUUUGACAGUCACAGAAUCGUUCACAUACAACCCGCAAUUUGAUUACAAUCAAGCGCAAGAUAGUGGUAAUUAUGAAGUGAGUAAUAAUUACACCACCUCCCACUCAAACAACUACAACAGUAAUGAUGAUGAGGACAUUUUUUUCCUAGAAACUUCCGACUCUAACAUCACAGACAACACAAGUAUAACUUUGGAUCGUCAAUCGUUCACCCAGCUGAGUACACCUUUCGCAGUAGGGACCAACAACUUCCAAAGCGGCUCUUCUAGUAGUCUUCCGAUCUUAACCACCACGUCUCCUCACAAAUCUACCACAAGUCCUAAUAGCAAUAGUAAUAAGAACGUCAGCUCAAGUAUAACCUGGCAUCCGAACGAUGUAUUUAAUGCUGCUCAGAACAACUACAGAAACUGGUUGAAUAGUGUCUGA